AUGGCGGAAGAAGUGGCAAGCAGAAGAUCUUCCGAUCGUAUCAGCAGCCUUCCAAUCAAUGCAAUUGAUGAUAUUCUUACGCGUUUGCCUCUGCGAGAUGCUGUUAGGACCAGUAUUUUGUCGAGAAAAUGGAGGUAUGAUUGGGUCAAAAUUACAAAGCUUACUCUUGAUGAAUCACUCUGGAAAGAUCUACCGACUCAUGAAGUUAGAGUUAAGCUAGGUAGGAUUCUCCUUCACCUAUUUUCAUUUAGGCAAGGACCAAUUAGAGAGUGUCGAAUCUCCAUUCCCAAUUCAAAAUACUUACCUGAGUUAGACAACUUGAUAUUUUUCCUGUCAAGGAAUGAAAUCGAGUCUCUCUUUCUUGAACUUCCUAAUGGGGAGAAGUACAAAUUGCCCUCUUCUGUUUUCACAAGUCCAAAAAUGAGACAGUUGACACUUGAGUAUUGUGUAAUCAAUCUCCCAACUACCUUUCGGGCAUUUGGUCAACUUCUCUCUUUACGACUAUUUAAUGUUUCUAUUUCUGAAGAACAUCUUGAGAUUUUAAUAUCUCGUUGCUCACUAGUUGAGGACGUAGAGCUGGAUAUCUCAAACCCUUUGAGCUAUAUUCAAUUUAAUGCUCCUAACCUAAAAUUCUUGAACAUUGGAAGCAAAAUAAUCUCUAUAUGUUUCAAGAAUACCCCAUUACUUGCUGAUGUGUCAAUUAUGGCGGAGAGUCUGAAUCAUGGUCCCGUGGAAUCACUUGAUGUAAAUCGCGAUUUUGUGGAGAGAGGAACAUGUGAUCUUCGCGAGUUUUUUGGUUCCUUACCUGCUAUUAAGAAUCUCCGAUUGGAUCAUUUCAUAAUCAAGACGCUGAUUGCAGGAAUAGAUGAAAUCCCAACGACGCUUCCCAUGCCUCUUCUCAAUCUAACAAAGAUUUACCUAUUCGACCUAUGUCUAACUGGACUAGAGGAAAUCCGCUUUCUUCUUUGCUUGAUUAAAAGCUCCCCAAAUUUGGAAGAAAUCGUCAUUAUUAUUCAGGCAAUUAAUAACGAACGAGGAGAUGAUCGUACUUCUCUUGAACUUUUGAAAGCUGAGUAUGAUUCAGGCAUAAAGUUGAAUCGGCUUACCAAUGUCAGCUUGAUAGAUAUUAGGGGCACGAAGACUGAAAUGAAAUUUAUCAAGCUUCUGUUGGCCAAAUCUCCGGUGUUGGAAAAGAUGAUGAUCUCGCCAUUCUACAUUGGGCCUGAAUCUCCUCAAACAUUAGUUGAGAUACUGAUGCAGAUCAACACAUUUCAAAGGGCAUCACUUCGAGCAAUACCAUAUGCAGUCUCGAGAGGAAGUGCAAUAGGACCAGAUGUUGCACAAGCUGGUGAUUUACGUUCUGACCAAACUGGUGAAGUUGUUGCAGAACUCAGAGAAUCAUCUAGGAGACUCAAGCCAUCUUUAUGUCCAUAG